AGUCAAAUAAGCAAACUUACAUUAAUCACGACGAUCUGGAAUUAUUGUAAGUAUCAUUCUUAAGUUUGGAAAUUGAUAGCAACUUGAUUUUGUUAUCGGUUGCCUUCAAAAAUAAAAACAUGUCAAUUUUUUUACCUAAUUCUGAAGUUUAUCUUACUUGUAAACCAUCAUUUUAGAUUUCGCGCGGACAGUUAGUGAAAGCGACACCUUUCGAUAUUACUUUUUCAAAGUAGUCAAGUAGUUUAAACAAAGUAAAAUAACAGUAACUAAAUAUUAUUAAUUAUUACCGAUGCUAAUGACGUUACCGCCAGCAAUGUGCAUCUCGCUGGAUCCAUCGCCGCAAUAAAACUGAGUAGGUGUGACUGUGAGUAUAGUUACUAUAAAAUUUCUUUGAUAAAUCGUAGCAGAAUCAAUCGACUACUAAUCUAGUCGGUGUCUUUAUUGCUCAAAGUCGUGUCUGUUUUUGAAUUGAUUACUUACCCGACUGCGGUAAAGCUAUAAGGGAGGGUAAUGAUUGUGUUUUAGUUAGGGCAAAAAUGCUUUCGAAUGUCCGUCGGUCCGGCUGUUCUCUUUUACAGGUGGCAUUUCUCGACCGAUUCUCAUAAAAAAAUGUAAGCGCUUUUCUAAAUCUCUUUUAUAGGUGGCAUUUCUCCACCGAUUCUCUUAAAAAAAUUGUGAGCACUUUUCUAAACGUAUAUAGAUUUUUUUACGACUUGAUUUUAGAAAUUUUUGGAGUGGCGGAGUCAUGAGGGUUUAUGAAGUUGUGAACCGCAGAGCAACUUGUUGUAUACUGUGCAUGGGUGUGUUAUAUUAUAUCCUAGCAUCAAAAAUAAAGCCGAUCUUGAUGAAUCGUGUUAAUCCAUAGGCUACUUUUUUAACCCAAAUGCAUUCCAAAAUGAAGGUGACUCUUUGAAUGUUGAAAUUAAUCCGCAGGCUAGCCGUGUAAAUUGAUUAACUACCCAGAUGAUCAAUUUGUAACAGUAUGUUAUAACCAUUUACCCGUGUCGGAUCCAGUUUGACACUGCUCGCCAUUUGCAUCUGUAUCUUCCAGCGACCCUUCAAUAGAAUAUGUGGCCGCUAAUAUUAUCCUUGAUGGUGUUGUUCGACGGGAUUUAUGGAGCUUGUGACGUGCAUUGUUCAGAUUUAUGCACAGAAAACAUGGUACAGCUAGACACGAGUAGUAAAAGCUGUACAGCUCAAUGCAGUGGACCAACUGCGUGUGGGGCAACAUGUGCAUCGAAAGAUCAGGAGGACCAAUGUGUUAUAGAGUGCAUUGGGCCGGAAUGCAGAGCUUCGUGCAAAGGAGUGGGAUGUAAGGCUGUGUGUUCCGGAAGUCGUUGCAUAGCGGAGUGUAAAGGAGAGGGGUGUUCAUCAGUCUGCUAUACUUCCUCUUGCUCUGCCACGUGUGAAGGACUUAAUUGUCUGUCCAAGGCCGAUGUGAAAUUAAUGGACCGCGCGUCAAAUGUAAAGGCUGACAUCAAGUGUAAUGGGAAGAACUGCACAUCAGAGUGCAACGGGCUGGAUUGCGUAGUAAUGUGUACGGCAGGUAUCGGGGAAACAUGUAAUGCUCAGUGCACAUCCGAAGAUAAAGAAAAAAGUAAUUGCGUUCAAUUGGUAGUUUUGGGUACCACUGGUCAAAUAAAUAUUAACGUAUAAACGA